UGUUGAAAAGACUUACUAAAAGUCACGCCCACUUUAUGCAACGUACACAUGGACAGUAUUAGCGUUUAACCUGCACCUAUUUUCAUGUUAUUUUUGUAUUUAAAUUCCACAAUAAUUUUGACGGUUGAUGAAAAUAAACCGAGGGAGAAGAAAGAACGGUUUAUUCGUCGGAAGGAAUGAGCGCAGAACAUGCCAACGCGCAUGCUCAAAGCUACGGGAAACAGGAAGCACAACUCAAACAUCAAUGUACCUCGUACUUCGAUGAUCAAGCAUCAGAACAGCUGUUUGCUUCCACAUGCCCACCUCGUCCCAUAGUCAUGUGACCGAGGCCUACACACCUAACGACAAAGUAUUCUUCCACACCCAUUACUGAAUUCCAAUGUUGUAUUAGGCUCAAGUGGAUCACCUUUUCAAAUAUAUCACCUUGCUUACAUCCGUGUGGACAAAAUGAGCGAAACUAAAGAGCUGUCUGAAUUUCAGCGUGGUUCUGUAAUAGGAUGCCACCUUUGCAACAAAUCAGUUGAUGAAAUUUCGUCUCUCCUGAGUAUUCCAGAAUCAACUGUAAAAGAUGUCAUUGCAAAGUGGAAAGUUUCAGGACCGUCAACAACUCAGUCAAGAAGUGGCAAACGACCCAAAGUUGCAGAGACUAAGUAGCAUCAGCAAGUGAGCCACACCCUGCUCACUUAAAUCAUUGUUUUUCAAAUCUUGUAUAUGACCUUAAAUAUGGCUUCCUUGUUGUCUCACAAAAUAGCACAUUGAAUUAAAAAUACUUAUCAAAUAGUAUACUACUCACGAAGUCAAGAACUUUCUGUGUAGGGUUAUGAAAUGCAGAAAAAGUCCCCUUGAACUGGAGUCACCAAAGUAGAUCAUGGAAGGUUUAUCUUUUUCAUUUUAAGUGAUAAAAUCCACACCAUGAACACAUCCAAUGCUUCAGUUACAGUCAAUUUAACUGGUCGUCUCUUCCUCCUAUUGUCUGUUGCUCUCUCUUUCUCAAUCUCUCUCUCUCUCCUUUCCCAUCAGGCUACAGUUAAUCUCGAUUAUGUACGCCAUCUAACUGGUGCGGGAUGAGACGGGUGCUAGUGGCAUUUUACCCAGAAACAUUUCAAAGGCACAUCUUUUGUUUUGGUAUCUACUGUAAUCAUGGUUCAUUGCUAUCAAUGGCAUAUGAGGAUAGACUUCAUCUAUAAUUGAGUGUGACAUGAUCAAAUAUGUUUACGUUCUUACUCCUUGUAAAUGUACGUUAUGGCAGGUUUUUUUUUUUUUUUUGCUCUUAAUUGGCUUUGCUCUAAAUCAACAUCAGUAUAGACAAGCUUUGGCAGCAGUUGCAGCCGAGCAGUAAUUGCUGCAGGGUUGUGGAGUGUUCCGUUGUUGGAUGAGAUGGAUAAGUGGCUGACCCAGUCUCUACUAUAAUUCCUCAGCGAGUCUCAAUAUGAAAUGGGCUUAGGCAAACGAGAAUGAUUGUUCCUAUACCGCUGCUCUGCUCUCAUUCAAUCUAUUCCUAUGUGAACACGUUCAGCUCCAGUUUGACGGAGGACGCAGAUCUAACCAAAAAGAUGUCAUAGACUUUUUCAUCUGUCCCCGUGCACAUUCAUUUAAUGGUGGAUGUACGAGCCAAUCGAAUGUAAUGACUCUCUGAUGCUGAGACAGCCUCCUAGGCAGUGUUUGUGUAAAUAUGUGUGUGUGUGUGCAAAAGAUAGAGAAUGGCGGGAUGAACAGAAAUGAAACUGGAAUCAUGGUGAUGUGAUCAAAUGAAUGCUUUGCACUUAAUGGAAUUGUAUCAGACACUUCCAUUCUGUUUUCAGAAUCAGCUUUAUUGGCCAAGUUUUACUCACACAUGCACAUUUAAUGGCAAAAAUCUGUUUGUUGGAGCUCUGCCUAGCCUACGGGGGUUUGACAAUUUGCAGUCUUCCGUCAACCUCUUUAAGAAUGCAUGCCUAAAAUUCAAUCUCAGUUGUCGGGCAGAUGUGCUAUCCAUCUACAACAUGUUGAAAAUAUAAUACGAAAUCCAAAAGAUAUGCAAUAGUGUGGCGUUUUACUCUCUAUAUACUGAAAUAAUGUGGACAUUUCUGUCAUUUAAGCGAGAUUAGUUAUUCACAAAUGAGAAUGGCACAAGAGCACAUAAGAGCGAGAGGGAGACUCGAUCGGUUACUUUCGGAUAGAGUCGGAAUCCGAGCCGAAAGCCCCCCCGACUGAUACCACCUCGCAUCUUCUGUAUUGGGUCUCCGUUUGCCGUUUGUUUACAUCCAAUCAAGCGAGUAGCACGAGGACGCGCUGCUGGAAUGGACACUGCAAAUCAGCUUGCAUCUGCGGGAACCUUCCAGGUGCUUAAACUACCUCUGGGAUUUAUCCGUGUUUUGGAAUGGCUUUUUGCCAUAUUUGCCUUUGCAACAUGUGGAGGCUACUCUGGGCAGCUGCGAGUUAGUGUGGACUGCAUGGAGAAGGCCAGCAGCAACCUCAGCAUUGCCAUUGACUUUGCUUAUCCUUUCAGGUUGCACCAAGUGUCAUUUGAAGCGCCCAUGUGUGAGGGCAUGAGGAGGGAGCAACUCUUUCUCAUUGGAGACUAUUCAUCGUCUGCUGAGUUCUUUGUUACGAUUGCGGUCUUUGCUUUUCUCUACUCCCUUUUCGCCACUGUCGUCUACAUCUUCUUCCAGAACAAGUACCGCGAAAACAACCGAGGACCGCUAAUUGAUUUUGUUGUGACCGUUGUGUUCUCCUUCAUGUGGCUUGUCAGCUCAUCAGCUUGGGCCAAAGCUCUGUCUGAUGUCAAGCUAGCUACAGAGCCAGCUGAGGUUCAGCUCCUCAUCUCUGCCUGCAAGGAUCAGACAAAUAAAUGUGGCUCUGUGCAAGAACCACGCUGGUCUGGACUCAACACCUCAGUGGUGUUUGGAUUCCUCAACUUUGUUCUCUGGGCUGGAAACAUCUGGUUUGUCUUCAAGGAGACUGGUUGGCACAAGGGUGCUGGCAGGUUUGUGGGCGGGGUUUCUGAGAAGCAGACCGGUAGUGUUAAUGAGCAGCCCUACAACCAGAGCAGCUUUGAUCAGUCAGGGAGCUACAACACCCAGGGAGACCUCGACCAGCCGUCUGAGUACAGUCAGGUCGGUGGUCCCUCCUCUUACGCCCAUCAAAUGUAGUUUGCCUUUUUAUACCUUGAGUGGUACAUCUGCAUUUUGAACAUGGCAAUGGGUGGAAAAAAAUGACCGGGAAGAGUUUGCACCCUAUGAAUAAAGGUUUUGUCAGGUUUCUUUUUUUAACUGCUUCUAGUUCUUUUUGUUUUAUUGAGAGGGUGGGUAUUAUCUUUCUUCUUGUUUGGAUUAUAUAUAUGUAUUUGCUUGGUCAUAUAUAUAUUUUUUGAAGCGUGGACAUUGUUUGUAUAUUCCGAAAUUUGGAAAUAGUGUUGACCGUGUGCAUGAUACCAUGUUUGCGUGAUACUGUGUUGAUCUUUGUAAAAAAAAAAAAAAUUAAUUAGACCAGGCAGCAUGGCAUAUUUGGAAUUUAUUUUACAGUAUGGUUAGUUUUUUAACUAAGAGAAAGUGUUUUAUUUAAUGUAGUAUCUAUAUGGUAACUUUAUAACUCAUGUUUAGACAAUGUAGGUAAUUUUGUUUUGAUCAUUUUGUUCCCCUUAAGUUCACAAGUGGGUGCUCUUGCAACAAUUUACUGUGAAUGUUGUCCAUGCUUGUGUCAGAGUUGUAACAGAAAAAAAAAAAAAAAACACACAUGAAGGUUUAGCGCUAUUAAAGCAUGCCGACGUGUCCACUGACGUGUCAAAACCUGACCCAAAAAAGUGUUGGGUUUUUAUAUACAAAGGUGGCUGAGUUUUUAUUUUAAACUGACAAUCAAUGAAGUUUGUGUUUAUUUAAAGACAUGAUACUCAAAGAGACUGAGAUAAUGCCUGUUGCAAGGAAUACAACAAUUGCAACCCUUAUUGUUGACUUCUAUGCAUGCAUGUGGUAAUAAAACAGCUCACGAUGCAAAAAUGUGUAAAA